AUGGAGGACCACUCCCCGAGCCGCGGCUUUUCUUGGCCCGAGCGAGGCGAGCGCUUCGGGGCUUCGGGGAAAGCUGCGAGGGACACCGAAAGCCGCCUGGGGUCGCCGUUGACACGCAGCCCGAUGUCUUCGCAAUGCCUUGACCUCGACAACUUGAUGAUCCCGACGCUGAAGAAGCGGCGCCGAGGCAGCAUUUUGGACUGGCUGGGGGAGCCGCUGGAGCGGCCCUUGCGUGCCGCGCGCCCGCAGAGCUCCAAGGAGGCCUCCCUGAUGAGCGAGAUCUACGCGCGGAUCGCGCGGGAUUGCGGGAGACCGCUGCUGGACGACGUGUGGCGCGCGGCACUCAGCUUGGGGCGAGCCAACUGCCAUGAGCGCUUCGACGCGAGCCUGGAGAACGCGACCCGAGUCUUCGAAACCAUCGUCGCCAACGACCAGCAGGACAUCACUUCGAGGAACGCAGGGCCGGAGUCUCAGCGAGAGCAGCGAGAGCAGCGAGAGCAGCGAGCCACAGUGUGGUUGUCACUGGCAAUGCUGCUCUCUGCAGCAGCCCUGGCGUGUGUGCCUCUGGUGGGCUUGCAGGCCCUGGCGGCCUUCCUGGUCUACCUGGGCGUGGUCUGCGCGGGGGCCAAGGCCUGCAAGCGCCGCCGCUCGGCGGUGCUUUUCGCGGCCUGGUGCCUGGGGGAGGCGACGCUGGGUCUGCUCAUCUCCUCUGGCCUCGUCUUUGCCGGCUCAACGCUGAUGGCUGACGAGAGUGGCAGCAUAGAGCACGGCUGGCUGCUGGCCUGGCGCGUCUUCUGCGCUAACUGCGCCUUGAGCGUCUUGUCCUUCGCCGCCGUGCUGGUGCUGAUUCCAAAAGUGCUGAAGUCCAAAGCGACGGCGGCGCCGCAGUACAUCCCCGGCGAGCAGAGUCAGGUCAUUGGUGCCUGCACAGAGGAACCUUUGCCCCUGAGCCAGCCCCACCCGGAGCCGAAGCGCCCAACCAAGAUCCUGAGGAUUCUCCUGAAGGCCAUCUCCGCGGCGUGCGCCUUUUGCAUGGUUGCCUGUACGGUGAUCUUCCUUUUUCUGCAUGUCUUCCCGCCCGGGGAGAGCAUGGACAACCUGGAGCUGCCAGCAUGCACCGGCUGCUUCUGCGCCAACAAUGUCUCAGCUGUGAACGUGGACCGGAAUGUCGUCUAUGGCAUGGCUCACUCGCGGCGGGAGGGGAGACAGCAGGAGCUGGUGCUGGAUGUGUACCACCCAUCCAACAGAUCCGCAGAUCGCUCUCCGGCCGUGCUGCUGAUCCAUGGCGGGAACUUCAUGGGCAGCGACAAGCGGAACGGCAUCAUGGUCUCCGAGGCGCGCCACUUCGCGAAUGCCGGCUUUGUGGCAUUCAGCAUGGACUACCGCCUGGAGGGCAGCAAUUACCUCGUGGAGGCGGGGGCGGUGCGCGCCGCGGUGCACGACGCCAAGGCCGCGGUGCGGUUCAUCGCCCGGCGCGCGGAGUUCUACGGCGUGGACGCCUCGCGGAUCGUGGCGUGGGGGGAGUCCGCCGGGGGCAUCACCGCCACCAGCAUGAACUCGUUGGGCAGCGAGGGCGACAGCGGCAGCCCGGGCUAUCCCUCCAACGUCAGCGCUGCGGUGGGGAUCUCCAGUACCAUGUGGCCCUUCCUGGUGGGCGCGCCCUCCAAUCAGCAGCGCAACGUGACGCCCUGGUUCAACGUCCACGGGCAGAUGGACAAUGUUGUCUUCCCCUUCCUGGCAGUGAUGACCCACACCUAUUUGCUGGCCAGGGGCAUGCCGGAGUUCGUGAACCGCAUCGUUUGGGUGCCGGGGGGCGUCCACGUGCCUUGGGGUCCGGGGGCAGAGCUGGACGUCAGCGCCCAGCUUCGGCCCGUGGUGAUGAAUUUCCUCACGGAGGUCAUGGACCUGCAGAAGCUCUGCUGA